CAGAAAGCAUUGCCACCUCAGUCGAGUUCUAACUUGUGUGAACCAAGUCAUCAAACAAAAUGUUGAAACUUUUGAUAUGCUUUUCUCUGGCGAUUGUAGUGAGUGAGGCCAUUGUAUGCCUACCGAAUCAGUGCGCUACAGUGAGGUGUGCGGCCGUUACCGAGGAUACGUGUAAUGGGCUCGUAGUACAGAACGGCGGAUUCUGUGGCUGUUGUGAUGCUUGCAAGGAACUUCUUAUUGAGGGAGCCUACUGUGGCUCCGGGUUCCUGCUCGGCGUUCCCAGUAAUUCGCAGUGCGGCAAGGGUCUUCACUGUGAUCCCCACACCAUGCAUUGCGUUUCCGAUGCCCACGUUCAGGCCGUUCGGGAAACGGCUCCAUGCGCUGCAGCUCACCAGACGUAUCUAGCCAGUCAACAGACCAAUGGCGGAUUCGGGCUCCUCGGCGCUGUCGAACCCCUCUGUGAUGAAAACGGAUUCUAUCAGCCGAAACAGUGCGAGGGAUCAGUGUGUUCUUGUGUGUCAAAGACCGGCAGAGAUAUCCUGAAUUACCGCGCUGACAUAUGGCAAUCGGAGGACAUGAACUGCCAAUGUGCACGUGACCAGCAAGAGUACAUGGACACAGGUCUGAUUGGUCGCUUCUUCUACUGUACACCUAACGGUAACUACCAGAACCACCAGUGUCUGGGAUCCGUCUGUCACUGUAUCGACAACAGGGGACAAAUGGUAGGCACACAGACGGUCAGCAUCGGGGAUCUGGCCAAAUUGUCGUGCUGAGCUGUAUCGUUGCCCCCAUAGGCCCUCAGUAAAGAAGGAAGUAAUAGUAUCGCUGUACAAUGAAUUGUAAUAAAUAUGUGACAUCUAUCUA